GAACUGCAUUAAACAGACGGUCACAGAAGCAUCAUGUUGUUUUCUUUCUUACUUUUGCUUGGUUGUACCCAACUUUGCCUUGGAACUGCACCGCCUCGAUAUGACGAUGACGAGGAUGACUACAAACCAGAUACAGCGUACAAGCCGUCACCACCGAAAUAUAGACCAGUAAACCCCUGUUUAAAGAAGCCAUGUAAAUACAAUGGACAAUGUAAACCCAAUGGUAGCUCCUACAAAUGUAUCUGCAGAGGUGGAUAUUAUGGAUACAAUUGUAAUCUGAAAAACGCCUGUAAACCAAACCCUUGUAAAAAUAAAAGUAAAUGUGUACCUGUUGGUAAAACUUUUAAAUGUAUAUGUAGACUUGGAAAUUUUGGUAGACUUUGCGAAAAAAAUGUAUGUAGCCCUAAUCCUUGUAAGAACAGAGGAAAAUGCGUUCCCUGGGGAAAGACAGGAUAUAAAUGUAAAUGUGGUGGAGGAUACUCAGGUCCUAGAUGUGAAGUACACGUUUGUAAACCUAAUCCAUGCAAGAACAAAGGAAGAUGUUAUCCCGAUGGCAAGACAGGAUAUAAAUGUAAAUGUGUCGGAGGAUACUCAGGACCUACAUGUCAAGAAAACGCUUGUAUCCCUAACCCUUGUAGCAAUGGAGGGAAAUGUUCAGCUGACAAAUUUGGAGACUACACAUGCGAUUGUCGUCCUGGUUAUUUUGGUCCAGAAUGUGAGAAAUAUGUGUGCGCCCCUAAUCCAUGUAGAAACAAUGGAAAAUGCUCCUCUGACGGCAGCGGUGGUUACAAAUGUAAAUGUACUGGAGGAUACUCAGGUCCUACAUGUAAUGUACAUGUUUGUAAACCCAAUCCAUGUGAGAACAGAGGAAAAUGUAUCCCAAGAGGCAAUGGUUACAAAUGUAACUGUAAAGGUGGAUAUUCGGGCCCAACUUGUGGAGAACAUGUAUGUAAACCUAACCCAUGCCAGAACAAAGGCCGUUGUUAUCCCGAAGGACGCGAUGGUUACAGAUGUAAGUGUGUAGGCGGAUAUUCUGGUCCUACUUGCGAUGAAAAUGUAUGUAAACCCAAUCCAUGUCAGAACAGAGGCAGGUGUUACCCUGACAACAGUGAUGAUGGUUUUAAAUGUAAAUGUGUCGGAGGAUACUCAGGUCCCACAUGUGAAGAUAAACCAAAUCCAUGUAAUUCUAAGCCAUGCAAAAACGGAGGAAAAUGUAUUUAUAAUGGAAGAACUUAUACCUGCAAAUGUGCUUAUGGAUACCGUGGCAGACAUUGUACUGAUAAAGCAUAUAAACCAAACCCUUGUGUUGUUUCAAAGCCAUGUAAAAACAGAGGAAAGUGUAUUUGGAAUGGAAAAACUUAUAGCUGCAAAUGCGCUUAUGGAUACAGUGGCAGACAUUGUUCUAUAAAAUCAUAUAAACCAAAUCCUUGUGCUUCAAGGCCUUGCAAAAAUGGAGGAAGGUGUACUGUUAAAGGAAACGGAUAUGUGUGUAAAUGUACUAAAGGAUACAGUGGCAAAUAUUGUGCUCUUAAAUCACCACCAUCCUAUGACGACGAAGAGUAUUAAGUAAAACCUAGAAUUUUAAAAUUGUUUUUCAUUAUUAAAGGAUAUUUGAUAUUCAUGUA